AUGGCCAAACUCUCUCAGUAUCAAAGUGUGUUCCGAAUUACAAAGCCGGACUCCUCAAAGCGUGCCGACCCAAAACGGACGAAACGGAAGAAGCAGUUGCAGGCGACCUUAGAAGCCAGAAAUCCAAGCACCCUGAACAAUGGGGAACAGGUAGAGACAUUCCCUCAGGCCAACGGCGCGGCUGGCACAACCAGCACUUCCAACGAGUGUAGUGGACUUCAUCAUGGGCCCAAAAUCUCAGAGGCACAAAUUCGUCUGCAAAAGCUUGAGGAAAUGGUGACUUUGCUGAUGCAGAUGAACAAGGGUUCGGCCAGUAAAGAAAAUCAAACUACAACCUCCUAUGAAGACCACAUUACACCCACAACGACGAUGGGUGGGCAAGGUGUGGCAGCUGCAGCACUACCGUCCGUCAAAUCACCAGUUCUAGGAUCCCAUAAAGGUCUCGACGGACAUCUAGAUACUAGGAGCGCCGAGACACAGUACAUCGGAGCGACUCACUGGACGGCAAUACUAGAACAUAUCAAAGAUAUCCAAGGAUGCCUUGGGCCAGAAACCGACGAGCCUGAAGACGACAUUACUACCAAUGAACCUGACAAACCUGAUAUUGUCUUCGCAAAUUCUCAACCUAUGACGCUAAUGGAGGCUUACAAUUCACUUCCCGACAGGUCUGUCGUAGGCAAGACACUGUCCGUAUACUUUGGCGCGAACUAUCUCCAUAUUCCGUUUAUCCAUAAGAAGAAAUUUCUUAGAGAGUACGAAUCAUUUUGGAACGACCCGUCAUCAGUGCCGUUUUUGUGGGUAUCAAUGCUUUUCUCAGCGUUACAUCUCGGUUCUCGUAUUGCUCGUGCUGCUGGACAAGAGCUUUUCCAGUCACCCAAGGAGUUUACGUCGGAAAUGUUCUUGAUGAGAGCGAGUCAGAUCCUCACGACCGCCAACUGA